UGAAAUAUUUGUCACUGGUUUAUUAUUUGCACAGUUGAACUUCAAAACAUCUAUAUUACAAUAUCUAUAUUAAGAGCAGUUACACAAAGACUCAACAGGUAUAAUGCAGCAUCAUAUACACGAACCUGAAUUUAAACCGGGUGUAAACAGGAAUCAUAAAGAAAGAUCACACUUCUUCAUUAUACAUUUCACAUUUAAACUUGAAAAGUAUCAUUUCUGUGACACCAGUGCCAUCAAACGAAAUUGAAAUAUGUUUGUUCGAGCAUCACGACUAGACAAGAUGUAACAACAUGUAUGGUGUGAAUCACUCCACAAAACCUCGAAAAGGAUUUGGGAAUUUCUUACGUGGGGGAAGAGAUGCUCCUUCUGGCUGUCUGUCUGAAUAAAAUCCAGAUGUGAGACACAUUUGAAUUGUAUCAUGCAAAGUAAAGCUCAUGCAAGGAGAUAAAAUAAAGUUUUUACAUAUAGUUCAAGUAAAAAGUUAAGUCACCGCAUUAGGAGGUUUACAAUCAAGAGCUCACAAAUGACAAACCGAACCACAGGAUAUAAAUGCACUGACUGAAAUCCAAAGAAUAAUUUAUUUAAACCAAAAAUCUGCCACAAUUUCAUCGGUCUUCUUGACACAAGUGUGAAAAACUGGUGACGUACCUGACAAGAACUUUGAGACUUACACAAGCACUCAUAUGCUAAAAAAUAAUACACUAAAUAAGACAUACUGGAUUUUUUAUACACAAUAGUUCAAUGACAUUGCAGGAAAAUGAUCAUGCUCUGCGAGACAGGGCAAGAAAAGAAAGCUUGGGUUAAUUCGGGGGAGGGAAGCCUCAAGCGUGUGAUGCAGGCCAGCCGCAAAAAAGAAGGAAUGCAUCUGCCAAAGGAGCGAGGGAAAGGAGGAGACGGUGGAAAAGGGGAGGGAAUAGAAGCCUGUGUGUAAUGAUGUGUAUGUGUGCGUUUGGUGUAUAUCUGUGUGUCUGUGGCAUGGCUGUGGCUCAGACUGUUGAAUGAGAGUGGGCCUUGUGUUGCACUUUUCAGGUUGCGUUCUCUCCCCUGGAGCCACAUGUAUGUAGUGUGUGUUUAUAUGCGCACGUGCCUGAGGGAGAUAGCUGACCACCAGCCACCACAUCUCACAGAGUGAUUUGUGGAGACACCUUGGGCAUUUCUCAAGCUUAGCACAAGCCACCUUUGUCAGAAGAACGUCUGAUGGUUUUCCCCUGUGAAAUGAAUGGAAUGUCACUGUGGAGAGGUUUUUGCCGUCUCUCUCACAGCUUGCUUCUGGUGAUCCUCCUGUUACCUCUGCAGGGAAAUGCCCACCCACAGUGCCUGGACUACAAGCCUCCGUUCCAGCCUCCGGAGCCCCUGGUCUUCUGCAAGGAGUAUGCCAAAUUUGGAUGCUGUGAUUUAGACAAGGAUAACCAAAUAUCCCAGCGCUUCUAUCAGAUCAUGGAUUAUUUCGAUCACACUGGAUUCAUGGCCUGUGGGAAGUACAUCCGCAGCAUUCUGUGUCAGGAAUGCUCGCCAUACGCAGCUCACCUUUACGAUGCGGAAGAUGCCAACACCCCUAUGCGAGAGCUUCCUGGUCUCUGUGGCAACUACUGUAAUGAUUAUUGGCUCCAUUGUCGCUACACUCUCAGCCUUCUGACCAAUAACAAUCAAUCGUAUGCUAUUGAGGAAGACCGAAACAAAUUCUGCAAAUACCUGGAGCUGAAGGAUCCAGAGUACUGUUACCCAAACGUCCUCAUGAGUGCUGAGCUCAACACAAACCUGGGUGAUGUUCAGGCAGAUCCGCAGGGCUGCAUACAGAUGUGCCUGGAAGAAGUCGCGAAUGGUCUUCGAAAUCCCGUCGCUAUGGUACACGCGAACGACGGCACCCAUCGCUUCUUUGUCGCAGAGCAGCUGGGUUAUGUGUGGACCUACCUAGCAAACGGCUCUAGAAUCGACAGGCCCUUCUUGAAUCUGACUAAGGCGGUUCUAACAUCACCUUGGGCAGGGGAUGAGCGAGGAUUUCUUUGCAUUGCCCUGCACCCUCGAUUCACAGAAGUGAAAACGGCGUAUGUAUACUACUCCGUGUCUGUGAAGAAGCAGGAGAAAAUUCGGAUUAGUGAGUUCACACUGUCUGAAUCAGAUGUGAACAUCUUGGAUCAUUCUUCAGAAAGGACACUUUUAGAGGUCGAUGAGCCUGCAUCAAAUCACAAUGGAGGUCAACUACAGUUUGGGUUAGAUGGCUAUCUGUACAUAUUCAUUGGAGAUGGUGGAAGAGCGGGAGACCCCUUUGGAAAGUUUGGAAAUUCCCAAAACAAGUCAACUCUUCUUGGCAAGGUCUUAAGGAUCGACGUAGAUAACAAUGACUCCGGUGCCCCCUACAGUAUUCCUCCAGACAAUCCUUUUGUGGGAGAAAAGGACACAAAACCAGAAAUCUAUGCCUAUGGUGUGAGAAACAUGUGGAGAUGUUCCAUUGACAGGGGCGAUUCAAUAACUGGCCAGGGAAGGGGCAGAAUGCUGUGUGGAGAUGUUGGACAAAAUAAAUACGAAGAAGUAGACCUCAUCGAAAAGGGAGGAAACUAUGGGUGGAGGGCAAAAGAGGGCUUUUCCUGUUAUGACAGGAAACUAUGCUUCAACUCCUCCCUCAGUAAGCAAGCUUGUGAAACUGAACUCUUGAACCUAUCAACCUAUGUAUUUUCAGAUGAUAUCCUUCCAAUUUUUGCUUAUCCACAUAAAAUUGGCAAGUCUGUAACUGGCGGCUACAUCUACAGAGGCUGCCAGAUGCCCAAUCUUAAUGGUCUGUAUAUCUUUGGGGAUUUCAUGAGUGGCCGACUGAUGUCCCUGAGGGAGAACCCAGACACUGGAAAAUGGAACUAUAAGGAGAUUUGUAUGGGCAAUGACAAAACUUGCAAUUUCCCUAAACUAAUAAACAGCUAUUACAAGUAUAUUAUAUCUUUUGGUGAAGACGAGGCAGGAGAGCUGUACUUCCUUGCAACAGGAGCGGCCAGUGCGACAGCCAAAGCAGGAGUGGUCUACAAGAUAGUGGAUCCAUCAAGGAGGGCUCCUCCAGGCAAGUGUAGCUACAAGCCCAUUCCAGUCAGCGUUAAGGGCAAACUGGUUCACUUCAACCCUAAGGAAGAGUUUGUGAUUAACAAAAAACCAUCAACGACUGCUAUUCCCAAGCCAAAACCAACCAAACCGAGCACAACCCCAAUACCUCGACCACGAGUGCCACAAAUGACAACUCCAAGACUACGCACAACAACCACGGUUCGACCAACGUCACGUUACCCCCCUAGUACUCUCUGGCCCAGGCCUCGGCUUGUGACCACCCCUAGGCCCACGUACUGGACCCCUGCACCCAAGUCCACAGCAAAGACGAGAGGUCGAGGCAAAUCUAGGAGGAAGGGAGACAGGAGGGGCAGGUCUCGGGCCGGGAUGGUGAGGCUGGUCAGCGCAGAUGGUCGAAAAGACCGUGGCCGAGUGGAGAUCUUCUUCCACGGCGAAUGGGGCACAGUGUGCGAUGAUAUGUUUAACAUGAAGGCUGCAGAUGUAGUUUGCAGGCAGCUGGGAUUUCUCGCGGCCGUGCAGGUGUCUAAAAGAGCAGAGCUGGGCGCUGGGGGUGUCAGGGUUAGCAUCCUGCUGGACGACGUGGAGUGCGAAGGGACUGAAAAGACUCUUCUGCAAUGCAAACAUGCCAAAAUUGGCAAACAUAACUGUUCUCAUGAUGAGGACGUAGGGGUGAUUUGUGGCUUUGAUGAACAUGCAGUGGAGUGACAGAGUGUCUGUCUGUAGUCGAACACGACAUAUUUCAUCUCAAAACUGUUGUUUACAGAGAUUGCUGUCAGUUGAGAGAAUGGUGGCUUCUGUCAAAUGGCCUACACUAAGGUUAUGACAAAUUGAAAAAUGUACCAUUCAGCUGUAGUAUCUCACAGAUAAUGAUAAAUCAAUGAAACAUUUAUAAUUAUUUUCUAUAGUGAAUCAAUGUAUUGAGAUGUUGACCAUCUCACACAACGAAUGAAAGUUGGAUAACAUUCAUUUUCUUCCCUGUAAAAAAAAGCUAUCAAAAAAUCAAUCUAUCUAUUAACUAAUAUUUUUCAGUGGAAGAAAUACAUUAACUGAAUAAAUAAUAAAACAUAAAUGUGAUUCAGAAAUAUCUACCACUCCUAAAAUCAAGCAUUUCUCAGAUGGUCUUUCAAACACAAUUCAGGUUAUUUUUCUGUACAUAUUGCAUUUUUUUGCUGAAUGCUAUUGUUGCACACAUCAUUUCUUUGUUUAAAUCUUAAUGAUGAUUUUAUCAAAAAGCAAAUGCUGGACAUUCUUUGUUACACUGUCAAUACAAAACAAUGUAAAUAAAAGAGUUU